CAGCCUUUCGCACUACCUUGUCUCAUCUUGUCUCAUCUUGUCUCUCGCAUGACCACCUACUUUUCCAAUUCUUCAAACUGGAUGGUCUGAAAAUCUCUACAGCUAUUAGAAGCGAUAAGAUGGCUCCUCGGAGAGAGAAAGCAACUGUUGACCAUAACUCGCCAUACCCUCGUUCCUCUUCAUAUUUAAAAUCUCUGCUUCGGCUUCGAACUGUAUUGGUUCUAGCUCUGUCUGUUGUAUUAGUCUUGUUAAAUUGGACGAGAGACAAUCCUAUUGGCUUUUACCAUCAUGUUGGUGACUAUGUGGAUUGGACUGCUAGACGAGAAAAAGUGAAGGAUGCCUUCAUCACCAGCUGGGAUGCAUAUCUAGCUAAUGCCUGGGGUAAUGACAGGUAUCAUCCGGUAUCAGGAGCAGGUUCUCAGAUGAGUCCUGACGGACUAGGAUGGAUUAUCGUCGACAGCCUCGAUACGAUGAUGAUAAUGAAUCUCACUGAUCGUUUAGCCGAGCCUCGGAAAUGGUUGCAACGCAGUCUAACCUACAACCAAGACCAAGACAUAAACACAUUCGAAACGACCAUCCGUAUGCUUGGUGGAUUACUUUCUGCGCAUUACUUGAGCACGAAGCUGCCACACGCUGCAUCCCGCAGAGAUUCUGUAUAUCUAGCGAAAGCAGUGGAACUUGCCGACAGAUUGCUCCCCGCCUACGAGUCACGCUCAGGUAUCCCUUAUGCCAGUGUGCUCCUUUCGAAAUCACGAGGUAUACCAUCUCAUGCAGAUGGGGGAUCAUCAUCAACGGCGGAGGCCGGCACAUUGCAACUUGAAAUGAAGUAUCUGUCUCACCUAACAGGUAAUGAUACAUACUGGCGAAAGGCCGAGAGAGUAAUGAAAGUGCUUGAUGAUAAUGGCGCCCAAAACGGGUUGGUCCCAAUAUUCGUCCAUCCAGAGACAGGAAGAUUUACGUCGCGGGAAAUUCGACUUGGAAGCCGUGGUGAUUCAUAUUAUGAAUACCUCGUCAAACAAUACCUGCAGACAUCUGGGCAGGAGCCAGUAUACCUCGAAAUGUGGGAAGAGGCGUUGGAGGGAAUCCAAAAACACCUCAUCACUACCACCAAGCACUCAGGUCUCAAAUUCGUCGCCGAGCUCCCACAAGGGAUCGGCGGUCCGUUAUCACCUAAGAUGGACCAUCUCGUCUGCUUCCUGCCUGGGCUCAUCGCGCUCGGUGCCACUCGGGGGCAUCCGCUUUCUAAGGCACGUACCUGGCCAAGCUGGGACGACAAGAAAGAGAGACAGAUGCAGCUCGCGCGCGAUCUAAUGAAAACAUGCUGGGGAAUGUACGCAGUGACAAAGACUGGACUUGCUCCCGAGAUUGCGUGGUUCCAUGCGAACGAGGAAGACCUCCGCCCAGCACCAGGUGAUCGACCUCUGGCCGCAACAAAAGACUCGCUAGCAGCAUGGAAGAAGGAUUAUAUUGUCAAGCCGCUAGAUGCGCAUAACCUGCAACGACCGGAGACCGUCGAGAGUUUAUUCAUGAUGUGGCGCAUCACCGAAGACCCGGUAUAUCGCGAAUGGGGGUGGAAGAUAUUCAACGCGUUUGAAAAGUACACUAAAGUCGGCCAAAGGCAAGGCUACACCUCCGUAAACGACGUGAAUGCUAUUCCACCGCCGCUAAGGGACAAUAUGGAGAGCUUUUGGUUGGCAGAGACUCUCAAGUAUCUGUAUCUCCUUUUCAGCCCUACUGACUUCAUUCCUCUUACCGAAGUUGUUUUCAAUACGGAAGCGCAUAUCUUGCCUGUCAUCAGUAAGGUCAAAUGGCAGACUGGAUGGAGUAGAGCUGAGAGGUGAGGAGGGAGGCAUAAAGUUGAGUACUGUAAGAGCUCAGGCGGCGGAUUCUUGAUUUUUCUAGGGUCUGUUGAUCAGAGCACAUUCGCAAAAUACAAGCGCGUAUAUGAUGAUUUAAUGCAACCUUAUAAUUUAUGACAUAUUGUUCGCUGCCUUGACCGUAGCCCAGUGCAUUAAGAAGUAUCAUGUAUCAAAAAGCAGUUGCUUAUUAGGCUUCUAGAAAUAGAUGGAGGGGCUUGGCCAACAGGCGAAAUGCUCUGGAGAUUAGUUUAUUUUUAACAGCGCUUCCAAAUGAAAUCGUUCCAGUUGCCCAACCACCUAAAAG